UAAAACUCAAAUGGAAAGUGUGAGAGAAGUAUAUAUUUUUUUGGAGUAAAGUAGGAGGAGCAGUGUUCUUUGUUGCUGGGUUCUGUUAAUUGGAUUUACAUUCACCAUUUGAUAAAAACCAAAACACAGUAGCACUAGCUGCAAAGAAGAACUAGAAUGAAAAUGGUGAAUUCAAAAACAAGCAGUGACGUUUCCGAAGAUAGCAGUAGCUCUCAAACUGAAAUCGAAAAUCACAUCUCUGUUUCUCCUUACGAUGAAGGAGAGAAGGUUUUCGCUUACCACACUUCCUGUCUUUAUGAAGCCAAGGUUAAGCAAAUUGAAUACAAACAUAAACGAUGGAGUUUCUUUCUUCAUUAUCUCGGUUGGAAGAAAACUUGGGAUGAAUGGGUUGGUAUUGAUCGAUUGAUGAAACAUACUGAAGAAAAUAUGCGGAUUAAACUUGCACUUGAUGAGAAAUAUGGCAAUGAUAAGAAUGCCAGAAAGCCUCGUGGAUCGUCGAAAAGUUCUAACGUAGCGAGAAGCAGAAAACGAAAGAAUGAUUCUCUGGUUAAGGAAAAACUUGCGGUUCUUCCAGACAAACUUGUCAACAUUCAGAUUCCACUAACACUAAAGAAGCAAUUAGUUGAUGAUUUUGAGUUUAUUACUCAUCUCGGCAAGCUUGUUAAACUUCCUCGUACUCCUAAUGUGAACGACAUAUUCAAGACUUAUUUUGAUUACAGAUUGAAGAAAAGUGGAUCGAUAGCUGAUUCCGUUGAAGAAAUUAUGAAAGGAUUGAGUUGUUACUUUGACAAAGCACUGCCAGUGAUGCUCUUGUACAAUAAUGAGCGUCAGCAGUACCAAGAAGCUUGUCCAAAUGAUAUUGUUCCUUCUGCUAUUUACGGUGCUGAGCAUUUGUUACGUCUCUUUGUCAAGUUGCCAGAGUUAUUGUUCCAUGCUAACAUUGAAGGCGAUACAUUGAUAGAACUCCAGGCACAAGUACUUGACUUUCUCAGGUUUUUGCGAAAAAAUCAGAGAGCAUUUUUCCUUUCUUCUUAUCAUGUCCAGGAAGAUGUUGAGAACAGCAGUGACAAACAAGUUUGUAUUCCACAUAAUAUCACAUAGCUUCUGCGGUUGCAGAAUGCUUGUUACAAAUGCAGGGCAAAGAGAGUAAAUGUUGUCAAAUUAGAUUUGUUAAGUGCUACUUGUAGUAUUGAAAAUGUAAACCUUUUCAGGGUAAAGGGAGAGUAACUAUUUAAAGGAUACUACUGACCCUCGUUUUUAAAUGUCAGUUGUAUCUCUGAAAUUUGUUAGAUUUAAUUAGUUGUUCAACGAGAAGGUUUCUAUAGAUGAAGUUUUAUUAUGAAUGUAAA